GGCGUAAGUCCCUCCCACUUGGAGGUCUCCAGGCUGCAGCGAUACAUCCUUGGAUAUUCUUAACCACUAUCCAACCGUGAAUCUGCAAUGAGCAAGAGCGGCUAAUGAAAUGGAAGUCUCACCCAUAGCCUUACUUGCGCAAUGAAGAAAAAGAAUAUUCGUCCCGCGGAGUACAGUUAAACACCUGAGAAUAAAAAAAAAAAACUCCCUAGCUGCAACUGGCUGACCGAAGAUGAAGAUACGACGUGUCAUUGGCCAUAACGCCAGAGAACGCUAUUGGCUGAGCAUAAGAUGAAGAAACAUGUGCUGAUUGGCUGAGCAUAGAUGAAGAAACUUGCGCUGAUUGGCUUAGCGAAGAUGAAGAAACUCGCUCUGAUUGGAUGUCGUUACACAGACGCACAGCAUACAGGUACCGCAAGCCGGGCUGAAGACACACCUGAAUCAGCUAAUCAAGGUCUGACCAGGCAGACUAGAACCUUCCAGGCGGGUCUUUUGGAGCUGGUUAUAGCCAAACACUACAGGACAGUGGCCCUCCAGGACAGAGUUUGGACACCCCUGGCUUAGAGUGUCCUUUGUUUGUUUUAGCCAUGCCUGUUGCUGUGGAACACAGUUUGAACAAGCAGAGCAGGCCGAUAACAUGCACAAUCAAAACCCGGAGUUAAAUUUCCGUUUCCAUCUGUGGCAAGAGAUAGAGAGAGAGAGAUAGAGCGUGGUCACUGAAGGCAAACUUCUCCUAAUUUCCAAAGGCAAAAAGUGAGCCAAACAGCAAAAUUCGGAGGACCCAACCUCCAACCGGAAUCUGAAAAUACAAAGAUUCUAGUACAUAUAGAAGCGCGCCAAAUCGAUUGACCAUGACGAGCGUCAUUGCCGCGGAGCUCAGCAUCAUUUUACUGACGACAGCGAAACUUCAUUUUAUAAUCAAAUACAGCGGCAUUACGGAUUACGACAGAAAAAAUGUCUGGCAAACAAAAAAAAUCGCAUAAAGCGAUGUCGGACGCUGAAUGGAUUUCGCGUCUUAAAAAGUUUGCCAGCACAGGAAUUUGGCCAUCAAAUGAGGGUAACAGGCCAGCUCCUCGACAAAAGAAGUGGUUCGAGAUUUAUCAAAGGAUUGAGAAAUGUCCAAUGCAGUCUCGUGGCCAGACAACCUUGCUUGGAGGUGUGCUGAAAUGCAUCUGUGGUUUUCACACUCCAAAGCCCACUGCCUCUACUGGACCAGCACAAAGGGUGGUGGAACAACCUGCUGCUGCUGGAACAGCAAAGGAGGCCAUGGAGCAGAGUCAGCCUGAGCCCCAGCACCAUCACCAUCCCCCUCCCCAGCCCCAGCCCCAGCCUACUGCACCUGUGGCAACAAGAGUUGCACCACAAUUGUCAAUGUUUACCAAAUCAAGAUUUACUGGCUCUCACAUUGCUGCAGCAAAGCCAAAUCUUAGUGUGGCCAGGAGACCUUCUCGGGUUGAAGACCAGCCCAGCGCAGCAGUGUCUAGUGCCUCAGUACCAAGCACCACUGUCUCUACACCAGAUCCUCAAGUUCCAGCCCCUGUCCCCAGAGCCACUGUAGAUGUGUCCAGUCCUGCGCAGCCAUGCAGUAUUGUCUCAACAGCUCCUUCUGGGUCAUUAUUGCAAGCUCCAGCUGUAGUUUCACUUCCUCGUUUGUGGUCGGAGACCUUGCCACCAGAGGAUCACAAGUGGAUUGGCAAAAGGCUUUUCAAAAUGGGAUCCAAGGGAAAGCCAGAGCUUCGUGAUAACCUCCAGCUCUGGUAUUACCCACCACAGCCAGCACUUAUCUACAAUCAGGCUCCAGCUCCAGACAGAUUCUUUUGUCAUUAUCUUCUGCUGUGGAUGCCGUACAAGCUGUGGAGGGUCAAGAUUCUCUGUCCCAAUCCUGCCUGCGGACAACAUCAGCUGACAGGAGGUGGUCUGCACAAAAGGGCACGGCAGGUUCUAGACAUUGACAGAACAUAUAACAUGGUCACAGAAACCCUCAUCUGUACCAAAUGUAGAGCCUCGCAUGUGUCCUGGAGUCAUACUGUCCUGCAACAGCUAGAUCUGGGCCAUCGCUCUGAGUUUCAGGUCAUCCUCACACGGAAGUAUGCCUGUGAUAUGCGGGUCAUCCGGCUCCUGCGUGGCGUGGCUUAG